GAACCUAGUAAUUCAUCAACAGAAAUAGGCAUUCAAGAAAGUGCACAAAAUUCUAGCUUCAAUGUUGAGAAAGAUAGUACUUUACUGAUAAAUACUCAAAUCUCUAAUGAUUCUGGCGAUCUCAUAUCCAUUCCUUCAAGCCUCAAAGAAAAAAAAAACAAGUCUUCUAUUAUAGUUGAGACCACUAAAAGAGAUGAGACGCAAGCUUUGGAAUCUAAUACUCAGGAAUCAAUACAACAUGCUAACACUCUUUCAGAUGAAUAUUCUAAUACUAAUGAAGAAAAUGAUGAGUUGAAUUUUGAUGCAGCUUUAACUUUGAUGCAUGAGGCAAAAGAAACAA